AUGAGCAAAACCCACAAUGUGGCACGUUUCAUGUGGUUCGAGCAGCUUCCGGCCUGCAACUCAGCCGAGGAAGAGUUCAACUUCGUCGCAGCUACCAGAAACAAACAUAUACAUCUUAGAGACUCGUCCGGAUACACAGGUCUAGCAGUCGCAGCUCGUCGGGGUCUGAGACACAUCGUCGUUGCCCUGCUCCGGCUUGGAGCAAACCCCAAUACCAAAAGUGGUGAUGGAACAAGCUUAAGGCCUUCUGAAAUUGAUGAAUAUCAUAUCUCAAAUUGGCUACCGAAGGGUUUGUAUACUCAUUCCGCGGGCCAGGAAUCAAACUUGGAACAAACGAAAAUCCCCGCUACUAAGGUGAUUGCUAAGCGGCCUGUAAAUCAUGCCAAGCAAGAUUCCCAAGCCAUCAACAAUCGGGGUGAUGUUGUUUAUAAUGGAAGAACCCAGCCCAGCAGCAACCUCCCCAGCCGUCCUUCUCGUGUUGCCAGUCAUGAGUUCGAGACUCGAGAUAUAUUCAAGGAUUGGCAUGCACAGACGUACAUGAAAUGCCAGGCGAAACCUGCCAAGUCCCAAACCGUCCUUGUUCCUUCCCGUCAAGGUCACUGGUAUCCGAUAUCUCCGAAUGCGAUUGUUUGGCAUAUCAUACUGGUAUGA